AUGCCUAUUCAGGUCAGUACUCUCCCUGAAUACAUGAAAAAGCGUUUUGGUGGAAAUCGUAUCCAAAUGUAUCUGGCUGUUAUUUCUUUAGUGCUGUACAUUUUUACUAAAAUUUCCGUGAACUUAUACUCUGGCUCUCUGUUUCUAGCAGAAGCCUUGGAAUGGAAUACAUGGCUUUCAAUUAUUAUACUUCUUAGUAUUACAACGCUUAUUACAGUAACAGGUGGGCUUGCUGCUGUCUUGUACACUGACACCCUUCAGUUUUUCGUCAUGAUCUUUGGUGCCACUGUGCUAACAAUACUAAGUUUUAUCAAAGUUGGCGGUUUUCAAGGACUCCUUGAUGCAUAUGGAGGAGCUAUUGCCGAAGUUAACAUAUCAUCUAGGGAAGGCGGAAACCUGUUAAAUACAAUGAUAUUGACAGCCAAGGAGAAAAAUAUAACAUCACUACUCCAGUUAUCUAAUGAACCGACAAUUGAUUCUCGUUUAAGAUGCAGUCUCCCCUCGCGAAAAGCGUUUAAAUUAUUAAGAGAGAUAAAUGACCCAGAUAUGCCAUGGCUUGGUUUCUUGCUUGGACAAACUCCUUCUUCUAUUUGGUAUUGGUGUGCUGAUCAGAUGAUGGUUCAACGUACACUGGCAGCAAAAAGUUUGUCACAUGCCCAAGGUGCAACAUUAAUGACUGGGAUAAUAAAACAAAUCCCAAUUUUUAUUAUGGUUAUUCCAGGAAUGAUAAGUCGUGUAUUAUAUCCAAAUGAGAUUGGUUGCUUCCCUGGUUCUGAUUGCCUUAAAAUUUGUGGACAUCGUAAUGGUUGUUCAAAUAUGGCAUAUCCAAAACUUGUGAUUGAUCUAAUGCCUUCUGGUCUCAGAGGUUUAAUGUUGACUGUAAUGCUCGCAGCUUUAAUUUCUGAUCUGACAUCAAUUUUUAAUUCUGCAAGUACGUUAUUUACAGUGGAUAUAUAUCAAAAGUGGCGACGAAAUCCUCAAAAUAUUGAAUUGAUGAUUGUGGGUCGUGUGUUUAUCGCAGUAUUAGUCGGGUUAAGUGUUGCAUGGAUUCCAAUAAUGCAACAGUCUCAAGGAAGUGAACUGUAUAUUUAUAUUCAAGCGAUUGCUGCCUACUUUUCACCUCCUAUAGCAUCGGUAUUUUUAUGCGCUAUAUUAUGGAAACGGUGUAGUGAAAAGGGCGCUUUUUUCGGUCUAAUUUAUGGAUUUAUUAUCGGUUUUAUUCGAAUGAUUCUAACGUUUGUGUACACUGAUCCAAUCUGUGGUGAAGACGAUACACGACCAUGGAUCAUUAAAAACAUUCACUAUAUGUACUUUGCUAUGUUUUCAUUUGGAUCUACAAUAAUUUUAGUUGUGAUAGUUUCAUUCUUUAGUUCAUCACCAAUACUGAGUCAAUUACAUCGGUUAACUUAUUGGACAGCUUGGGAUUCAAGCAAGGAAGACUUUGAUGAUCAAAUGAAUCAUUCAUCCCUUUCCAUCAACUCUCAGUUACACACUGACAAUAAUGUUAUAACUGUACAGGAAAAUGAGUCUAAAUCUGAUUAUCUAUCAGAAUUGGAGACUGAUAUCAAUAAACCAAAUUCAAGAAAUCUAUUUAAAUCUAUUUGUUUAUGGUUAUGUGGUUUAGAAAAUACUCCUUGUUCAAGAUUUUCUAAACUAACUGACAAACAACAAGAAACCAAUCAAGUUAGACUUAAUAAAAUAUCUAGUCUUCAUCAAGAUCCUUCAGCAAAAUUAGGAUUACAAAUUGGUCUAAUCGCUAUUAUAUGCUUAACUAUUUUUGCUUAUCUAUUUUAUUCAUUAUAUUUUAAUGAAAUCAAUAUAGGUCCAUUACCUAUAAUAGGUAAUUUAACUUCAUUACAUAAUCAACAAUAUUCGGAGUAUAUUACUUAUUUACAAAAUCAGAAUAUUAUAAUAUUUCGGGAAAAAUAAUCAUUUCAAAUUCUUCUUAAUCAUGUUGAUUCUAC